UUCACCAGAGUUUGUGUCUAUUUAUAAAAAUACUGUGUUUUGAGUCCAAACCAGUGGUUAAUAACAGGAAUUUAGGACACGUUUAGGCGUUGAUAUUGACUGUGAACUUGUCUUACGGCCAACUCUAUGGUUGUCUCUUCAAAGACCUAUUUUAUGUUUGCUUUGUAUUUUCAAUCGACUAUUUAAUAGAGAUGUCCAUCGAAUCAGUCGCUGAAGUACUGUAUAAGAAGAAGCAAAGAGGAAGACUAUACCGGUAUUGGUCGACAAUGGGCUUCAUAUUUCAGAUCGUCCGCGAUAUUGACCCCAAACUACGUGUAGUGAUCGAUACGUUCACACUAUUGGGUCUCUUAUACUCAACAAAACUGGUUUUCGGACUAUUUCUCACAGCAUUUAACGGAUUCCGAGUCCAUCUCUGGUCGCGGGUCUGGAAGAUUGAUUUGAGGACACGCUAUGGCGAGUGGGCUGUCAUAACGGGCGCCACGGAUGGCAUCGGUCUGGAGUACGCCCGAGCGCUGGCCAAACGCGGUCUGUCUCUCAUACUCGUCGGUCGUAACGAAGUUAAGUUGGCUCGAGUGAAGACAGAGUUGUCGGGAAUCACUUCCGUUGUGACGAUUGUGGCCGACCUUAAUAGCGACGACCCGUCUCUUUACGAACGCAUCUCCACAGACAUCGACGGCACGAAUCGAGACAUCGGUCUAUUGUUUAACAACGCGGGCGUUAUGUAUGACUCGCCCAACCGUUUCAUGGAUCAGCCCGAAGACAAGGUGUGGCAACACGUGAGGGUCAAUAUAGCGGCCGUACUGAUGAUGACCAGAGCUGUGUUGCCCGGAAUGAUCAAACGUCGUCGAGGGCUCAUCAUUAACAUGAGCUCAAUCGCCGCUUACAAACCAUUACCACUGAUGGGUGUUUAUAGCGCUUCCAAAGUAUUUGUCGAGUGGUUCUCCAAGACAUUGGAAAUCGAGUACAAGUCGUAUAACAUCGAAGUGCAGACUUUGAUGCCGUCGUAUAUCUCGACAAAAUUGACGUCUUUCUCGGAUCUGCUGCAGAAGCCGUCGAUCGCGUUCCCGAGCGCCGAGACAUUCACCGGCAAUGCCAUCGCAACCAUCGGUCGAUCCAACAAUACUACCGGCUAUUGGAGUCACGGUUUGCAGCACUUCCUCACCGAUUGCGAACCGAAAGCCACGGAUGCGAUGGAUCUGCGAAAGAUGCCACCCGAGGAUCAGCUGAAUCUGUGCCGCAAAUACUUCUACAUCGGUUUCGCAUGUCUACCAUUCCUAUGGCUUGUGAACAGUGUCUGGUUCUUCAGGAGCGCGUUCCUCUCAGCGGCGGAUCAGCCAAACCGUAAACCCAUUCAACAAUAUGUCAUCUUCUCGAUGAUCGGCACCACUGUAUGGACGGUAGCGCUCAUCGCAUGGAUCACCACAUUUCAGCUGAAGAGAGCCGAAUGGGAGGCCACCGGCGAUCACCUCUCCUUUAAUAUUCCUCGAGGCAUACCAUAAGACCUAUUCAUUGAUAUGUUUUUACUAAACGAUUUGUAUUUACCUCUCUUUCACUGUUUUUUCUUUUUGUUUUUAAUAAUUUAUUUUUUGUAUUUAAUAUUUGAAUUAAAACCAAAAGUAUUGACACAUUA